AUGGGCGAAACAGACAGCAAGAUCACCGAGGAGAGAGUCGAAUCCGCCGACUUCGCCCAAAAGCCCCCGAUUGAGGAUGGAACUUACAAGCCUAACGUCCAGUUGGCUGAUGGAGACGUCACAUAUCUCAUCCCGACUCCGAGUUCUGACCCUCGAGACCCUCUCAACUUGAGCAAGCUGAGAAAAUGGAUCAUUACGAUGACCUGCGCUACCUUUGCCGCCGUUGGCCUAGUACAAGUUUCCGGACUCGGUGCACUCCUCGGCGAGUUUAUCCCACAAUACGCAGCGGAAGGACAUGGCAGCUAUGAGGACAUCUCACACCUGAUGACAUACCCAUCUCUCUUCAUGGGACUGGGUAAUCUCAUCGGUAUGCCUCUGGCCCUUGCCGUUGGCCGUCGACCUGUCUUCCUUGGAUCCUGCGCCCUGGCUGUUUUGGGAUCCAUCCUCUGUGGCACAGCCAAGACUUACAACUCCCAUCUCGCUGCUCGCAUGAUCCUCGGUCUAGCGGCUGGACAGAGUGAGGCUCUUUGCCCUUUGAUGGUUCAAGAAGUUCACUUCCUUCAUGAGCGAGCCCGCUGCUUGAUGUGGUUCACCCUAUGGCAGUCUACCCUCAGCGGGGUCUACACCCUCCUCACAUCUUAUAUCGCCGCCGGUAUUGGUUCUUCCGGGUGGUACUUUCUCGGGGCCGGCAUCGCUGCUUUAACCUUCCUCUUCGCCAUCUUCAUGGUGCCCGAGACCAAGUAUGAUAGACCCCUUGCUGCCUACCAGGGUCAGGAAGCCUCGGUAUCUCGCUUCGUCACUGCUCAUGCCCCGGGUGUCGAUGAUACCACUGGUGUCUACACCGAGAUGCUCACCCGCAAGACAACCACUGAGCCUCGCGAACUCGACUUUGUCAACUUCAAGCCCCGCACAUUGGCCUCCGACAUCCGCAUUCUUAACCAGAAACCCGACUGGAAGGAGGGUUGGCAAUGCUGCACCGGCAUGGCUAUUGUCACCUUCUUCCCUGACAUGAUGUGGGCCCUACUUCUGAACGGCCUUACAAUCGGCGUCAACAUCGCACUUGGCACCACGUAUGGAGCUAUCUUGCAGGCAGCCCCCUACAGCUGGAGCUCUUCCGUCGUCAGCUUCGCCUUGACCGGCCAGAUCGUCGUCGCCUUCCUGGCUCUGCCUCUUCUUGGCCGCGGCUCAGAUUGGAUCAUUCAAUACUUCGCUCGUCGCAACGGCGGCAUUCACAAGCCCGAGUACCGCCUCAUUCCUCUCAUCAUCCCCGUCAUCGUGGGCACGCUCGCCUCCAUCCUUUAUGGCCAGGCGGCGGCGCACCCGGAGAGGUUCCAUUGGUUCGCCAUCGUCUUCUCCAUCAACGCUUACUACUUUGGCUUCGUGGGAGCAAACCAGGUCGGAAUCACCUACGCCCUUGACGCCUACCCAACCCGCUCUGGCCCUGUGCUUGUCAUCAUCUGUGCCAUGCGCGGUGUCAUUUCCUUCGGCACUAGUUACGGAGUAACGCCGUUUGUGAACUCUAUUGGAUACGAUGGAGCUUUUGGAGUUUACGGUGGGCUGACUGCUGCCCUUGGGGCUGUCGGAAUCUUUGUCUUUAUUUGGGGCACUCAGAUCAGAGCCAUGGUUGCGAAGUGGGCUGUUGCGGAGACGAGCGCUACUCCGUCCUACAACCACUAG